AUGGAGUCCACAGCCUACCCUCUCAAUUUGACUCUUAAGGAAGAGGUAGAGGAAGAAGAGAUUCAGAGCCAGGAACUGGAAGAUGGCCACUCGGAUAUGCAGAAAGUGCGAAUCUGCUCAGAGGGUGGAUGGGUACCAGCCCUAUUUGAUGAGGUGGCCAUAUAUUUUUCCGAUGAGGAGUGGGAAGUUUUGACGGAGCAACAAAAGGCCCUCUACCGGGAAGUCAUGAGGAUGAAUUAUGAAACUGUCCUGUCCCUGGAAUUCCCAUUCCCUAAGCCAGACAUGAUCACUCGGCUGGAAGGGGAGGAAGAGUCUCAGAAAUCCAAAGCAUGGCAGCUCCAAGGAGGAACAUUCGCAGAAAAUGAAGACAUGGAUAUGAAGCCUCCAGAUUGGGCAGGUCCAGUGAAUGCCGCCUCCCAGUUCCCUCGCACCUCACCUUCACACCUCGACAACUUCGGCCUCCGUCUGCCGCGCGACCUCACAGAGCUGCCCGAGUGGAGCGAGGGGUACCCCUUCUACAUGGCCAUGGGCUUCCCUGGAUAUGACCUCUCAGCUGAUGAUAUUGCUGGGAAGUUUCAGUUCAGUCGGGGCAUGCGUCGUAGUUAUGACGCAGGGUUCAAGUUAAUGGUGGUGGAAUAUGCCGAGAGCACCAACAACUGCCAGGCUGCCAAGCAGUUCGGAGUAUUGGAAAAAAAUGUCCGAGACUGGCGCAAAGUAAAGCCGCAGCUCCAAAACGCCCACGCCAUGCGGCGGGCAUUCCGGGGCCCCAAGAAUGGCAGGUUUGCUCUGGUGGACCAGCGUGUGGCUGAAUACGUCAGAUAUAUGCAGGCCAAAGGAGACCCUAUCACCAGGGAGGCGAUGCAGCUGAAAGCCCUGGAAAUUGCCCAGGAAAUGAACAUUCCAGAGAAAGGGUUCAAGGCAAGCUUGGGUUGGUGUCGAAGAAUGAUGAGAAGGUAUGACUUAUCUUUGAGACAUAAGCUAGAAUUUUUUAGGGUCUUGUUUAAUGACCUUCCCCUUAUUUUCAUUAUUAUAUUUAAUGAUAAGGAGCUCUGCUUCUCUGUUUCUCAGGCUGCCUGAAGAAGUAGUCACCAUAAAUUAUCUGCUGUCUAAUUGGUACAAGGCCCACUGACUCAUCUGAUACUUGUUUUGUUAAUUUCUGUAAUGAUAUUUUUUCACAUGGGUGGUGGGAGAGCUUGAACCUUUAGCCACAGUUAUUUCAGGACUUCUGAUCUUCUAUUUUUAUACUAUAGUUACUUGCAUUCCCACAUAACGAGUAUUACGAAAACAUUCCUUCAAAACUAUCUGCUUCAAAAAUAUACCAGAACUGCGUAG